CAAAGUUGACAAGGACUCGCAAUGUUUUUGAAGCGACCAUAUUUUAACUAUCUAUGCGUGAUUAUAAAUGAAUGUGACGGAUAUUUUAUAACGCGAAUCAUUGGAAAAUGACAAUUUUUCAUCAAAUCUGCGCCUGGAACGUUUUAUAUAAGUAAGAACUAAGUUAAUCAAGAGUUUUGUAUUCCUAACCUCACUUCCAUCACAAAAGUCAAAAAAGGAUAUUUGUAACAAAAAAGGCUAUAAUUGGCCUACAUCUCUAGAACUUAACAAGUAGCAACUGAAAUAUUAUCAUCAAGUUUUCGACGUUGGCUUUAUUUUCGGAGUAGAAACUUGAAGUGCCGAAAUGAGGAACAUUUUUUCAAGACUGAUCGCAAGAUACUUCCUUCUAAACUCUCAUCAUUUUAUGGACUUUAUGAACAUUUCUUAGUAGAAUUGCUAAAUUUAUCAAAGAAAAGGAGAUUUUUAUUCCGUCUGGAUACUUCCCAUAUUAUAAGACUGAUUUACAAUUACGAAAAUAACAAUGAGUUCCCACCUGUCACACGUGAUGACUCUCGCUAAUGGAGUUAUCGGUGUAAGCGUUUUAGCAAUGCCCUUUUGCUUCAAGCAGUGUGGUAUUUUUUUGGCUAUAAUUUUACUCUUAUUGAGCAGCAUGCUUUCCCGGCUUGCCUGUCAUUUUCUCGUUAAAUCCGCUGUGAUGUCACGGCGUAGAAAUUUUGAAUUCCUUGCUUUUCACGCUUUCGGUCACAUGGGAAAAUUUUUCGUCGAGUUAUUCAUUAUUGGAUUUCUUUUGGGGACCUGCAUUGCAUUUUUCGUGGUCGUCGGGGACUUGGGUCCUGAAAUUAUCGGGAAAGUGAUAAACAAAAAUUCAGAAGAUAUCAGGACGAGUUUACUCAUUUUUACUGCAAUUUUAAUUGUUUUGCCACUUGGACUACUGAGAAAUAUUGACAGUCUUGCUACCAUUUCUACUGCAACUAUUGGAUUUUAUAUAUGCCUUGUAUUGAAGGUGAUAGGAGAAUCAACUCAACAUAUCUUUGCCGGCGAUUGGUACGAACACGUAAAUUUUUGGAGACCCGCUGGGAUUUUGCAGUGCCUUCCAAUUUUUGCCAUGGCUUUAUUUUGCCAGACACAAUUGUUUGAAAUAUAUGAAUCUGUUCCAAACGUGUCUUUGGAGAAGAUGAACGAAAUUGUGAGAGGCGCUUUGAAUAUAUGUACAGCAGUUUAUGUGUCCGUAGGAUUAUUUGGUUAUAUUGCUUGUUGCACACAAACAUUUACAGGGAAUAUCUUGAUGAGUUUUGAACGUAGUCCUUCAUCCGAAGUCAUAAAACUAUGUUUCGUCUUCUCAGUGGCCUUUAGUUUUCCACUAGUCAUUUUCCCCUGUCGAGCGAGUUUAAAUUCUCUCCUUUUUCGCAGGGCUUAUAUUCACGAAUCUACGAGCAAUUACAUGCCAGAAACGAGAUUUAGAUUCCUGACUUUCGUUAUUGUGACAUUUUCAUUGAUUCUUGGAAUACUGAUACCGAACAUAGAAUUCGUACUCGGGAUUGUAGGAGCCACAAUUGGAGUUAUGAUUUGUCUCAUAUUUCCGGCAGCAUUUUUCAUAUCAAUAAGCAGUAAAAAUACGAAUGAAAGAUUACUGGCUAAGGGUAUUGUUUUUGUUGGCGUUUCAAUAAUGAUUCUGGGUACAUAUGUAAAUUUAUUUGCAAUGGAGGAACCAAGCGAUCCGCGAGGUGCCAUCAUGACAGACAAAUCUCUCAAUAAAAUUAAUAAUCUGCCAUUUAAUUCAGUGAAAGAUAACAUUCCUUUGAUUCAGGAUAUCCCUAAGAAUCCUGAUAUUCCUAGAAGCAAUAAAGAUACACCAGUGAUUCCAGAUUUUAAAAUUCCUGUUAAUCGUCCAGAGGAACUUCCAGUUCCAGUCCUGCCGGUUGAAGGGAACCAAAGGACCGUUUUGAAACCGCCAAAACCUGAUAACGUAGUCGUUAGCGUUGCUCCAGAGCCGAAGAAAAUCCUGGAGAAGAAUAGUGACAUAGUUGGUGAUUCCAUGAAGGAGUCGAAGGUUGAGCCCAAAGCAGAGGAUAAUGGCAAGAAAAAUGAUCCGGCAAUUCCCAAGGUGGAAGAGAAGGUCAAGCCGAUGGAAGAGCAAGAUAAAAUAGUUGAUUCGCCUAAAAAAGCAGACCUAAUUCACUCUGAUGCGAUCAAAAAGGAAGAUUCGGAAUUGGCAGCGGAUGGUGAAUUGGCGCAAUUGGAAGUCGCUCAAAGGCAUGAGGAACUCAAAAAGACUCUCGAGAGGCAUAAGAUGGAGCAGUUAGAAAUGCUUCAGGAGCAGAGAGAGUUGCUGAAAGACAUUAAAGAGCAGCGAAUGGAGUUUAAAAAGGAGCAGGAAGAACGCCUCGCAAAGGGCGCAGAAUUAAGUAAAAAGAGUGGCCAAGUGGAGGGAAAAAAUGAAGAUAAAAGUGUAAAGAUUGAAUCUCAUGUAGAACCAAAUUUAAUCAUAAACAAGAAAAAUAAUAUAGGGAAGAAGGGAAAUCAAUUGGACCAUCAAGAGGAAAAAGAACCCGCGAAAAUAAAACCGGAACUUGAGAUACUGGAUACGAAAACCAGGAAUUUAAAUGCUGAAGAGAAAAAAGAUAGUGAACCGCAAAAAGAAUCUAGACCCGAAAACUCGGUUAAAGAUGUGCAAGAGCCUUUGAAAACCAUAAUUGUUAAUGAUUCUGCAAAGGAAGGUGUAAAAACUUUAGAAAAUGGUCAAGUUGGCGAAAAAGCAUCUGAUCAUAUUCUGGAGGCUUUGACGAAUAAGAAAGAGGUUGAAGAAACUGGUUCAAAUCAAGAAAAAAAUUUACAGAAAAACGAAUCUGUGUUGAAAAAAGUGACAUUGAAUGAAGACAAGGAGACAAAUAGGCUGCAGGAAUUUUCGUUACCAAUCGCCUUGAAAAUGAGCAAUCAGACGAAAAAUUAUAAUGACUCGGGGCGAUUGAUUAACGAAAGUAAGGGAGACUUUUCAGCGGUUCGCAGAGAUAUUUUGCAAAAUAAUGAGAGGGAGAAAAGAGAAGUGGAGGUCCAAGUUGAGUUUAAGGAUACGGAGGUUAAGGUAGAAAAUAUUAAAUCUGACGGUACUCGCGAAAUUUGUGUGAAAAGAGAUGAUGAUUUGUCUAAUGAGAAAUUGUCUGUUGAAAAACAGCCUGUGAAGAAAGAAGAUGCCGCGGAUUUGCUUAUCAGGACGAAUGCUUAUCUGUCGCAACAAAGCUUUACUGACAAGAUUUCUAUUGAUCAGAAUUUGGCAGUAAAUGGAGAUGUGGUGCAACUUAAAAAGAGGGAUUUAAAGGCUCUAAAACCAGGUGAAGACGGGGGAUUGUAGAUGAAAGGGUCGAAAUAAAAAAUAAUUUGAGAUAAUUAUUUUGUCUAUAAAUGUAUUUAUGGAUGUCAGUGCAAUUUGACUUGUUAUGAUAAUAUUCUGGAUUAUAAUCCAGAGAGUGUGUUUUAUGAAUGUGAAUGUUAAUAUUAGUGAUUAAAAGAAAAGAGUGGUCCAAGAGGAUUAUUGUUGCAUCGGUUAGAUUGGAUACAAGAUCAUAAUUAUUUUUUGUUAUUGUUUAUUGUGUGAAAAAUAAUAUGUGCAUAAUGAAAAUAUGAAGAAUAUAUAUUAUAUUUUUAAA